AUGGGAAGUGAGGAAAUGUGGAGUAAGAAUAAGUACAGUAUAAUAGUUCCUACCUACAACGAGAGGCUGAACAUUGCUCUCAUAAUAUAUCUCAUUUUCAAACAUCUACCGACUGUUGAUUUUGAAAUCAUAGUUGUUGACGAUGGGAGUCCGGAUGGUACUCAGGAUAUUGGUUUGAAGCAUGCUUCAGGCAAUUUUGUAGUUAUCAUGGAUGCUGAUUUGUCUCAUCACCCAAAGUACCUGCCAAGCUUCAUUAAGAAACAGAUGGAAACAGAUGUAGAUAUCGUUGCUGGAACUCGAUAUGUCAAGGGAGGUGGUGUGCAUGGAUGGAAUUUAAUGCGGAAGCUGACGAGUAGAGGAGCAAAUGUACUUGUUCAAACAUUACUCUGGCCCGGGGUGUCGAACCUGACUGGAUCUUUCCGGCUAUAUAGGAAAUCUGUUCUUGAAGAAGAUUGA